CAACACCUACAGAGGGAGAGAGAGAGCGGAAAGUGACUGCAUUGCUUAGAGUUGGUUGACUCUGCAGCAUUUGGCUAGAUUCAGAUUGGCUGCAUUCUACGCUAACUUUACUAGUAACCGUUACAUGUUCGCUAUUCCUAAGUCGUUGGGCCAUUAGGCUUCUUAAUUGUGACAGUAUUUGAAGGGAAACUCUGGUCCAGCGGAUGACAACAUUUGCGUAGAGCUUACAUAUGGGUAUUUGUGGGAGGUCUGCCACUUACCUUUAGCAGGACCUCUAUGUUCACAGGGCCCGGGUCCAGCUGAGCCCCAGCGGGAUCAAACAUGACAUCGAAGCUGCACGCGUCAAAGACAGGAGCACCAAGAAGUUGACAGCUGCCUUCAAGGCUAAAGCUGAAACCACAGUCCAGGGCGGUUUGCCUUCCCGUCUUCUCCAACUGCAAUUUUGCUUUGAAGUUGCCGAGAUUAAUCAGCCGAAUCGUGCGAAUGGGAGUCUGAGCGAGGAUUGUGAGUCCAAAAUCCAACACAUAUUCUGGCAGGCAUGGUCUAGUUUGAUAGACAGAAGCAAUCGCUGAUGAAACUACCAGAGGAGUCUAAGUGGUUUCAUCAACUCGUCUUCUCUUCCGAUUCCUUUUUUUAUCUAUAGAAACUUUAGUCAUCUUUUUUAGACCUUCACUGCUUUGAUAACUGAACAGAUACCAUGAAUAGAGUCAUGAAAUUCAUGCAGUUUUGGUACCGUUUCGUCCUACAUAUCCGUGUUCUUACCUACGCGAAUGUCACAACCCAUUUUGCCAUAAGGAUCAAAAAUUUUUAAGAAAAACACAGGCUAAAUAGAAAACCUAAAUAUCGCCAAACCAUACAGUUCCUGGGAAGAAAUACUUCGGUAUUAGGCCUCUCAGAAAACAAGUGUAUUCACUAGAUGACAAGUUGGCACUGCAGAACGCCCUUCCUGCUUGAUUUCUAACCUCCUAUAAUUUUUGUCUAAAACUUUAUAAAACAUACUUCGAUAACCUUCCUUGACGCAAACCAGAAAAGAACCAACUUCGUUUUCUAUCAGUGAAAUAAUAAGUUCCAUGUACACACUACAGAAUCCUAGCAUUUUACGACAUCUAAACAACCACCUAGUGGGUUUAUCAUGGGUUGUUGUAGUUAUGCUGUCGGGCGAUUCCUAUUUGUUUACUGUUCACAUAUGAAUCCCACGGUCUCAUUUUGAAAAACCAGACAUCUCACUCUAUGGCAGCAGCACAAAAACGGGUAAUUUGAUAUUUUAAAAGGAAAACAUAACUGAGAGAAGUAAGUAAAUGGAAAAGAUCCGCGGCCAACUAAAUUCGAACAGAGGAGGACUGUUAUUUCACGAUCCAGUAACUGGGCUUUUGGACUACUCGAGUGCAACCUGUAGAUGCAUUUUCGGAUAGAGGGAUCUUCUAGACUGAUAAAUAGUCCCGCAGUUCUAGUCAGAAAGAAGGGCAGUUGGUUAUCUGAACUGCUGACAGGUAUCAUGUCCUCAAGUCAAAUGCAGGGAAUCCGGUGUGAAAUUGGUACUAGCACGCGUGUUUAAUAUACCUUGGAGACAUAUUUAGUAGGUUAAGCUCGCUGAAAUCUGACCAAUAUUUUAGCUUACCUACAAUCGAAUGCUGGUGAGAAACAAGGAGGUAAUACCGGAAAAUACCGGGUUAACACUAAGAGGCCCUAGGCGAAUAUACUGCCAACAGGGAUUUGACUAUUGUUUUAGGGAAGAGUACUCGGUGCCAUAACACUGAACACAAGAACGUCAGUGACCCACACGGCAUCUAUGAACUCACUGAUUAGAUGUGUUUAGCGGUUACCUAGGGGUUUUUCAGACCUUGCUUUGUUGCAUCAGGAGCAUAAAAAAGCAACCUGCACAACAAGUGCAAAGGAUGGAAACGAUCAUAAAGCCAAAAUUUUAAGCGACAUCAAAUAGUAGAUGCACGACAUCCCAAUGAUUAGAUACAACUAUUUACUUGAAUUGGAUAGAACUAUGCAAGGCGUCCAGCAACUACGAGUGUUACAGCACGAAACUUGUUUCAACACUGCAGAUGCCGAUCCUGUCGACUUCAUUGCAGCCCUGGAAGCUAUGCUUGUGAGAAGUGAAACAUCCGACGACAUGAAACACUUCGUCCGACAGCGUGUUACCUCCUUGCUGAUGACACACAGACCAACCAAAUGUAUUUCGCAGAGUGAGUCAAAGGCUAUGAGGGAACUGAGGAGGGAUGACAGCAUUAUCAUUCUACCUGCUGACAAGGGACGAUCAACCGUCGUGAUGAAUAGAGAAGACUAUAAUGAAAAAGCUAAAGCCCUUCUUGACGACAGAGAAUUUUACAGACCAGCACAGAAGUCACAAGCCAAAGCAGUGGCGGAUCGGCUGAGUAAACUGCUGAGAGAAUACCGACAUAAAAAUGUGAUCACGGAGAAUGAAUGGCACCAAAUGAGGGCAACUGACACCGCUCUAGCCCGAUUCUAUGGUCUGCCAAAAAUCCAUAAAGCAAAGUUCCCACUUCGGCCAAUCGUUGCCCUAAAAGGCAGUCCCACCUACAAUUUGGCAAAGUGGAUGUACUCAAAACUGAAGUUCCUCCAAGGCAAUUCGACUACCUCAGUUCGAUCAGCCUCUCAAUUCCUCAUAGACCUCUGA